GUUCGCCAAUAGAUACCGCAUUACUCGUAGGAAACUACGUAUCGAAUGAAGUCCAAGAAUAUCGUGAAGCAUUCUGCAAAAUACAUAGAAAAAUGUCAGGUAAAGAGGAUUGCUAUCACAAUAUCAUGUACAUCACGCAACCAACUCGCAACAUUAUGCAGGCGCUCGGUGUCUGGCCUUCCAUCGAUAGAGAAAAAUCUAUUUGCAAGAAGAUUUAUAAGCUUCUGCUAAUCUCCUUCUCUUACAUUCUUCUUUCUUGCGAUCUAAUACCCGCUAUCUUUUAUUGGAUAAUGGAGAAAACGACGCGUGUUCGACUUCAGAUAAUCCCUGUUCUCCUCUAUAACUUCAUGGCCGCUGGUCAAUACGGCAUCUUCAUACUUCGCGAUCAUCAGAUCAGACAAUGCUUGAAGCACGUCGAAGACGAUUGGAGAAACGUUAUUAAUGCUGAUGCGCGCAGCAUGAUGCUCACGUCCGCCAGGACCGGAAGACGACUGGUCGCGUUUUGCGGUGUCCUGAUGUACGGCGGUGCUCUCACCUUUCGAACGAUUCUGCCGUUGUCUCAGGGAAAGUUCGUUACCGAUGACAAUAUCACAAUCAGAUUAUUGGCAUGUCCGGGUUAUUAUUUUUCGCUCGACGUGCAAGUUAGUCCCACUUACGAGAUUUUGUUCGCGAUCCAGUGCCUAUCCGGCUUAGUUUCAGCCUCAAUCGCGACAGGCGCAUGUGGCUUCACAGCUAUCUUUGUGGUGCACGCUUGUGGUCAAUUAAAGAUCCUGAUAGAGUUGAUGAAGAAACUCGUUGAGAAGCAAUGGCGCACGGAAUACGAGGUGGAUGACAAAUUAGCUGAGGUAGUUGAACAUCAAAUAAGAGUACGCAAUUUUUUGCGUUUGGUGCAGCAGACUCUGCACCAUGUAUGUUUGAUGGAAAUAAUGGCAAACACAAUAACCAUCUGCGUUCUAGUAUAUCUCAUGUUAAUGGAAUGGCAAAGUAAUAAUACAGCAGCUGUAUGUAUUUAUUUGUUAUGUCUUACAAACGUAACAAUUCACGUGUUUAUGUUUUGUUAUACCGGCGAACAACUUACUUUACAGGCGGAGCAAGUAGCUACUACAUCCUGCGAACUCGAAUGGUAUCGUCUUCCGGAUAGAAAAGCACGCAGUAUCGUGCUGUUGAUGAUCAUGUCUAAUGCGCCGACCAAAAUUUCCGCUGGAAAACUCAUAGAUUUAUCACUCAAAACAUUUGGUCACGUAAUGAAAACAGCUGGUGCAUAUUUUAAUAUGCUACGAAGUAUAACCGAAUAAAUAUUUAGUUAUCAAAAUUAUA